AUGGCUCCGAGUGACAUGCGUCGCCUGGCACCUGUGACGGCCGAGGAGACUGACCUUGCCUUCCGUGACAUCUGGGGAACGUCAACAGGCUGGAAGACGAUCAAAGGCUGGGACGAGUGUGGCAGAAUCAUUUCUCGCGCAUCGCAGCGUUUCCUCAUCGGACUUCCCUCGAGUCGCAACGAAGCGAUGCUCGAAACCUCUAGGCUGUAUGCGAAUGCUCUCCUUGUGGGUGGAGCCAUCAUAAACUGCUUCCCGCCAUGGAUGCGGUGUGUCGUGGCGCCGCUGAUCGCCAUACGCGCCCGGUACUUUCAAGCACGUUAUGUGAAGAUGCUGGUCCCCGUGGUUGAAGAACGUAUCCGUCAGUAUGAAGCUGGACUGUACAAGGAGAGAGAUGAGGUACGUAAAGAUGACUUUCUCCAUCGAAUGAUUCCCAUGUGUGCGAAAGAUGCCGAACAGCUCAACGCCGAACGCAUUGCUUUGCGCAUAGCAAGCCUCCUCACCCCGCUCAUAUUCGCCAUUUGUUACGUGUUCGCGCACUGCGUCCUAGACAUUCAUAGUAGCCAUGAUAGGGUUGAAAUCCUCGCCGGUCUCGAAGAAGAAUGCAGACGCGUCUCUGCUGAAUUCGGAGGCCUCAACUCGAGUGCUUCCCUGGAUGCCCUGAAACGUAUUGACUCAACUAUCAGAGAGUCCAUGCGUGUCUCGGACGUGAUGGUCACUAACAUAUUCCGCGACGUCACAUCUGGCGUGGUAGACGUCGGCAAUGGGCUCCGCGUGGGGCCUGGUGUGCGCAUGCUAUUCCCUACCCAGGAUAUCCACAUGGACCCGGACAACUACGACGACCCGACACGAUUCGAUGCAUUCCGGUUCUCCCGUCCUUUCCAAGAUAAGGAAAACCUGGGUGAUGGAUCCGAAGAGCAAGAGUUCAUCACCACCCCGACGCCGACGUUCAUGCCUUGGGGUUACGGCAGACAUGCCUGCCCUGGCAGGUAUUUCGCGGCGCAGUCAAUGAAGCAGGCGCUUUCUUAUCUGGUACUCAACUACGAUGUCGAGUUGGUAGGUCCCCGGCCUAAAAGGAAGGCUCUCUUGAAUAUGAUGAUUCCGCCUGUGGAUGCGAAGAUUAGGAUACGACGAAAGGCCUAA